AUGGGCUGGGUGCACCAUGCCGCUCCAGAGGUCGAGGCUCAGUCCCAGUAUCGAGAGAUUCUGGGUGUCUGUCUGAGCUUGACUAUUUUGAUGGUCAUUACCGUCUGUCUGCGGCUGGGUCUUCGGGCGCACGCUCGUCGACUAGGCACUGCGGACUAUGUGAUGGUGAUGAGUAUGCUCUUCAGCGUCAUCUACAGCGCUCUAUGUAUCUCCCAAAGCAGAUACGGCCUGGGACUGCCACUCAACCUGCGCCCGAAAGAAAACCUACCAACCUAUAAAAAGCUCAACUAUGCCGGUCGACCCUUCUACCAAAUCGGCAUCGCCGGCUUCAAAGCCUCGCUCUGCCUCAGCUAUCUACGUCUCCUCACCAAAACAUCACUGUCCUUCUACCGAGUCCUCAUCUGGACAGUACUCAUCAUCUCCACACUAGGGCACAUCGCCGGCGCACUGGCUCUAAUCUUCAACUGUAAUCCUGUCCAACUCGCCUGGCGAACAGAUAUAACAGGCACUUGUCUCCCCGUCGGGGGCACAUUCUACGGGCUAGCCAUCUUCACCAUCAUCUGUGACCUCAUGAUCAUCUUCUUACCGAUCCCGCUCUUGCUCCGACUGAAGAUCAAACCCGCCCAGAAAGCGGGCGUCGUGUGUCUAUUCCUCCUAGGACUGUUCACGACCAUCUGCUCGAUCAUGCGAUUAACCCAGAUCCACCGUGUAGCUUACGGGGACGGCAAUUCCACUGCGUUGGUGCUUUGGGGCACGAUCGAGUUUAAUGUGGGUAAUAUCAUCUCCUGCAUUCCCUACUUAGCACCGCUGUUAAAGGGGCUGGUGCGGGAUUUCCAAUCGAAUAGUAAAGCGUACGAGAGUCAGGGUCAUUAUGUGUUGGAAUCGUGGAAGGAUCCACGAUCUCAAUUGCGAUCGACUGCGUCGGCGCCGGCCCAUCCGAGACGAACGCCUAGCGAGGAGUUAAUCAUGGAUAGUUCGGGGCCUGGCCAUGGGGGGAUCGAGAUGACGGUGGAAGUGCGGGUGUCAUUAGAGCGCAAGACUAUCGUAGUAUGA